UCUACAUUUACAUUGAACACUACAGGUGUCCAGUUAGGAAUUUAAUGUAAUUAUACUCCUCCAGCAUCGCUUGCUUCAUAUGUACUCUUGGAAAUUCAGACGUAUACUUUAAUUGAAGGAAAGAAACUAAACUAGUCGAGACUAAACUAAAACAUAGGCAGCAUUUGGUUUCAUCGUAAAGACUUAAAACAUGUAUAAUUAUCUGUUAAAGCUUGUGUUUAUAGCUUUUCUGUUUGUGUAUACUACAGAAGCCAAAUCAUGCAAUGGUUUGGCAAAAUAUACUCUCACAUUCAGAGGAGAAUGGACAAAAGAGAGACAGGUGAACUUUCCUUCAGACCCUCAUUUCUCGCCUGGCGUAGGCUGUAGUCACAAUGCUUCUUACGUGAUGUGGAAAUCAGGAAUACUAGCGACCACAGGAGUUAAAAAUGUGGCACAAACCGGUAGGAAUUGUUCCGUAUAUUUUGAAAGCUUUUAUAAUUACAAGUGGUAAAACUCAACACUGGUCACUGCGUCCACUGCAUUAUCAACAUGAAACAUAAAGUUGGCCCAAUUGCGGGAACCAACAUAUUCAAGACAAAAGAUCAGCCUGACGCUCUACCAAUUGAAGUAAUAUCGUUCCGAUAUACGACGUUUACGUCCGUGUUACAUCUACUUGAAGUCUUUCACUAUUGACUUAUUAGGGCCAUUUAUACGAGACAAAAUAAGACGCGACUUACAUAAGACGCGACUUAAAUAAGCGGAGUUAUCGCAUAAAUGGUUCUCUAGGGCUUUAUUCUUAUUUACUUGCUAUAGCUAUAAUGUUGUUUCGGUUGGUUAUUUUUUUAAUAUGCAAGGCUAAUAAUUUUAAGUUGUUUCAAGUUUCUGGCAUGUGUAGUUAAACGUUUUGUCCAAAAUUUCUUAUUUAAGACGCGACUUAGAUAAGAACAGCUAAAAGGCCUGUUCUUAUUUAAGUCGCGUCUUAUGUAAGUCGCGUCUUAUUUUGUCUCGUAUAAAUGGCCCUAAUGUUGUUUUCAUCAGUCAUAUAAACACUCAUGACUCAUGUACACCAAUUAAUCGGAAAAAAGUAUCUGUUUGUUUAUCAGUUUAUAAAGAUAAUUCUUAGCCUUGGGAUCAAUAUGAUAUAUCAAAUAGUAAUGACUUCGUCGAUACAUGCAUGACGUAAACUUAAGAGGCUUUAAUUAAAGCAAACCUUGCUUCAUAACAGCCGUUGUCCCUGCCGGCGUCGAGGCGUAUCAAGGCUUUCUCCAUCGAUCACAUAUGAACAUACUCUGCCUAAUACCAAACGAUUUAAUUUUACUUGUAAAUGGCAGUCGACUCCCUUCUUAUAUAAAACAAUACCAUUUUUAUCAUGCCAGGCUUGCUAAUGUUAUUUGGACUACUGAGUGGAUCAGAAAGAGAAAAACUUGAAGCGCGUUUUAGGCUAAAUCAAACCUUUAUUGAUUUUCAGGUAGCACAGGUGCAAUAAACACAGAAAUGGACAGUCAAAUAGCAUCGAAGAACGCCUAUAAAAGAUACAGUGGUCGGCUAAUCUUUGGUGGCACAGCCAGCGAUUCUAUCUCUAAUAUCGAAAUCAACUCGCAAUAUCCUCUUGUGUCCUUCAUCACCAUGAUAGCCCCCUCACCAGAUUGGUUUCUUGGUGUGCAUGAUUUAAAUUUAUGCAACACAGCUACGGGAGAAUGGCAAGACCGGGAAGUGAGAGAUUUGUUUCCGUAUGAUGCAGGCACUGACAGUGGCCCCAAUUUUGAGAGUGAUGAUGUGGCCACCAAUCCGCCUGUAAAUAUUCACCUCAUUACAAAUGACACUGAAGGUUCGCUCAAAGGCGACAAACCCAUCCUGAGUUUUGGAACAUUCACCUUUGUGAAGACCUCCGCAGCUAACCCAGGCACACACUUCAAUGUAACUCUUGUCCUGAUGUUAUGCAUCUUGAACAUCAUUGGCUAUCUUCUAUAAACUUGACAAACUUUCACUUUGUAAUCUUCAUAUCGUAAUACUAAUACUAAUAUAUACUAAUACUAGUAAUAGAUAUAUAGAUUAAGGCCUUAAUGUUCAUAAUUAAUUAAAUGCAUUCAUGAUAUACCAAAAACAACUGUGUUAAGGUCCAGGAAGCAUCUGCAGUUGGGAUGUAAAAGAAUUUUACCUGAAUAGGAACUAAAGUCUUCAAUGUUAAACAUUUACCUGUACCUUCACUGUACUCAUUAUCAUAAAUAAGAAUCAACAACACAGUUUGCAUAAUUUGAAUUAUUUCAUCAUUUUUGAACCUUUGACUUUGUCCUUGACAAAACACUGCCGCCUUUGAAAAUAGUUUAUUCGCUUCAGUCGCUUGUAACUAGAUUUAUUUCGUUUACAUAUCAAAUUAAAUUACUGAAAUAUCUCCGAUAAUAAUCCCACAGUAACUUAUUUUACAGCUUUACUUCUGCAGUCUUCCGGUAACUGCACACUGCAUGAUAGAACAAUUAAUAUUCAAACCAAACUACUAGUACUGCCCUGCAGCUACGUAUCGCUCUGCGUUUUUUGUUUGAAAGUCUGUGACACAGCCAGCUGAAUAAACCCCGGAUAGCCUCAAAACCAAUCUUUUCAACAUACAACGGUAUGAGUGUCCACAAAACAAUUAUAAUUAUUACCAUGCAAGGUCAAGGAUCUUUGGCUUUGCAAGAAUCUUUCCUUUAUUAAAUGCAAUGCCAAGAUAACGAAAUAGCUUUAAAAGCAACAUAUACAUUAUUGAAAAAAAUCCAUAUCUCCAAAUUACGGGAACUAGAAAUACUGCGAAAGUUCGGUACUUUGAGAGUAUUUAGCGUCGCCGCAAUGGCCUCAGUGAAUGUCUACGGAAUCCUGUUUUCCGGUGAUAUUUGCCCAUGCGCAUGGCCAAAAAACAUGAGAGUUUACUGUAACGUCCGUCUGUAUAAUGUACUAGGCAGAAAGAACAUGUAAACUGAACUGUAAAAUCAGUUAGUGUAGAACUUUUCUAGCUUAUCUCUUAAUUCUCGAGAUAUUUCAGUAAUUUCAUUUGAUAUAUGAAUGAAAUAAAUCUAUGAUAGAUUGAUAGUACAAGCGACCGAAGCGAAUCAUAACAAUAUUCGUUUCAUGUUUCAAAGUUUGUUUUAAAUAAUUCAAACCAUGCAAACUCUAACGAUAUAAUAUUGUCAACAUUCCUUUGACCAAUUUGCGUAUACAGAAUGUUAUAAAGCAAGCCAGUCUUGCAUGGUUUAUAUUAAACUUUGCAGGUUUAGUUAUAGGUUUCCCCCUGUUCUAUAUGUAUAACACUGGACCAAUGAAGGAUGGUAGAACUGAUAAUAUAUAUAUAUAUAUAUAUAUAUAUAUAUUAUUGGUGUAGACUAAGACAUGAUAUCUGAAGAUAAUUUAAUAAAACCUAAACCUAUUUACG